UGGUUCUUCAUCCAGGUUCAUCCUCACGAGCAGCAUCUCAGCAUGCACUCCUACUAGUUAUUUUAGUGCUAGUUAAUCUUCUUGAUAUGAAGGUGAAGCGCAAGCUUUUGGCCGCGUUGAGCUCGGUCGUCGACCGAGCAAUCGGGCCUCGGGCCAUGGCCGGCGACCGGAGCAUCCUCGCCGAGAUCGAGGCCGCCUUGGCCCGGUGCACCAAAGGCGGCAAGCACGACGCCGGCGAGGAGCGGGUGCACGAGAUCCUCUUCCUCGUCUCCAACGCACCCGGGUCCAUCAAUUUCCUCUCCCGGAGGCUCUCCGCGCGCCUAGAGGCCGCCGGCGGGGGGAAGGAUGAUGCGGCGGCGCUCAAGGCGCUGCUGCUGCUCCACCGUCUGCUCCGCGGCGGCGACAGGCACUUCGAGCAGGACCUGCGCGGGAUGUGGGCUUGCGGCGAGCUCAGGGUAGACCUCGCCGCCGCCCGGUGUGCGGCGGAGAGAAAUGGGUUCCUCCUCGGCUAUGCGGCGUUCCUCAAGGAGAGGAUCGGGUGGGCGAUCAAUCAAGCAGGCGGGUUGCGACCGGCGAAGAUACCUUCGGCUGCAGCGGCGUCGCCAGAGUGGGCCUUGUACAGCCUGCGCAAGUGUCAAACUUUUCUCGACCGGGCGAUGGAUUGCCUGCCGGAGAACGCGUCGGCAGCGAGCCCAGCCAUGCAGUCGGCGUUCAACAUUGUGGUGAGGGAGAGCAUCAGGGUGUACGAGAGCUUCUCCGACGAUGUGGAAGCGGUGAUCGCCGCCUACCCGGAGCUUGACGAGCCAUCGAAGAGAUCGACGGUGGCGAUCAUGCGCAAGGCGUGCGCGCAAACGCCGAGCCUCCGUGAUUUCUACGAGAGCUACAAGAGGAGAGAGGUCGACGUGAUUGGGAAGAGCAACUUGGACUACCCGUACGUUCGGAUCGUCAUGGCGGCGGAGGUGGCCUCGUUGGAACAGAGGAGUCGAGCUCCAACGUUGUCUAGAGGAGGAGGGAACAGAGGAAGCAGCGGAGACAAGGAGGACUCCUGGGGCGCCCCAUUUUGGAAGAAGUUGGAGACGACGAUAAGCAUGGUGUGGGUGGAGUUCGAUGAAGAAGGAGGAGGAGGACUGGAGGAGGCUCUCUAG